GCUCCGCUCCAGAGGGGCCCGGGUCGGAGCAGCGGGAGAGGGAGCGGCGGUAACAGCGGCAGCAGCGCCUUGCAGGGCCGGGGGCCGGCAGCCGGUAGCGCCCCAGCAGCAGCAGGAGCAGCAGCCGCCGAAUGCCCGGGCGGUCCGGUUGUCGCCGUCCAUGCGGGGCGGCGGGGCGUGAGGCGGCGGCAUGAGCCAGAGCGAGGUGUCGGCGUGCGCGGCGCCGCCGCCCAGCCAGCGCGUCUUCCAGGAGGCGGUGCGGCGGGGCAACACCAAGGAGCUGCAGUCCCUGCUGCAGAACAUGACGAACUGCGAGUUCAACGUCAACUCCUUCGGGCCCGAGGGGCAGACGGCGCUGCACCAGUCCGUCAUCGACGGCAACCUGGAGCUGGUGAAGCUCCUGGUGAAGUUCGGCGCCGACAUCCGCCUGGCCAACCGCGACGGCUGGAGCGCGCUGCACAUCGCCGCCUUCGGGGGCCACCAGGACAUCGUCCUCUACCUGAUCACCAAGGCCAAAUACUCCGCCGGGGCCCGGUGAUGCCGGGGCUGCCCCCCCGCCCCCCUUCUCCCGCGAUCCCCCGGCCGCCAAAGCUGCUUCCGCCCCCCCCGUGGGGUUUAUUUGGCGAAGAUUUGGGGGGCCCACGCAAAACACGACGCCGUUCGCCUGCUUUUCCUUUUUUUUUCUUUUUUUUUUUUUUUUUAUUUUUCCCCCUUUCCAAGGGUGGUUUUCCUACUGUAAUGUGGUUUGUUUUUGUUUUUUUUUUUCCUCCAUCUACCUCGGCUGCACUCACAGUAUUCACGGUUUCAGUUUGACAUCUGGUCAGAUGCUUUAAGGGCUCCCCCGUACCCCUCUCCCUCCAACCCCCUAAUAUUUAAUCCUCCCUCCCUACUCCCCUCGCUCCCCCCUACUUAAAGUAUUCUGGCUCAGAACCGACUUCAUUUCAAUCUCCCCAGCCUCCCCUCCCACCCUUCCCGGGGGGUACCAGGGUCCCUCCGCCAGACUGGUGGCGGCCCCGGGGGCUCCCGUCCCCCCAGACCCUUCCCGGGCCAGGAGGAGACGCAAAGUUCCUCCUCUCCGCUUCUCCCAGGGUUUUCCCAUCACUGUUUUUUGUUGUUGUUGUUUUUUAUUUGUUUGUUUUUCCCGAGGCGACUCCGUUGGAAUAUGACAGACGCUUUUCUCACCCCGGUUGCUCUUUUUUGUUGUUGUUUUCGGUUUGGUUUUGGUUGGUUUUUGGUUUUUUGUUUGUUUCUUUUUUUUUUUUUUUUUUUUGUUCGAUUUUGCGUUGGGUUUUUCUGCUUCGGUUUGUCAGUUUUGGGUGUCCGAAGAACAUCUGCAUCCUCACCCGCUCCUCCAAUCCAUUUAGCACGCGUGAGAUCCCAGGAAAAGACAUUGAAUCCUUCUGGUUUUGUGUGUAAAGGGGGAUUAGCAAAUCCUGGAUUAUUUUUCCUUUUUUUUUUAAAUAAAAAAAAAAAAAAAAAAGAAACUCUAGAGGCAGAGGAUUUGCUUUUGCACAGCGAAGGGGUGCGAGCGCUCUCUGCUGCCUAGAGAUGCCGGAAAACUACUGAAAAGUUUGGGACCUUUUUGGUGAAAACUUGGAUAAGGAUAACACUUCUCAAUGCAGAACGAGUCACUUAACGUCCGUAGAUUCACCCGCCUUUUAUACGAUAUAUAUAUAUGUGUGUAUAUAUGCGUAUAUAUAUCUUUAUAAAAGAAAGGGAGGAAGAAGAGAGAGCCACCCGAAGUCGCAUUUUGAAGUGACUGCACGUUUAAUCCCAAAUGCUGCUUUUUAUUGCUAUGGCACAAGAACAUCCAUUUGGAAAUAAGCGGAAAGUUUCAGAAGUCUCCUUUCUCCCACUGGUCUUUCAGCCCUCUUCUCCUCGUCUGCACUAAAACCAUCCGUGUCACUGCCUCCUCUUUCCUCUCUUGCUCCCUGCACCCAAACCAUUACAAUUAAAAAAAGAAAAAAAAAAAAAAAAAAGAAAAGAAAAAAAAAAUUACCUGCUGGUUUUAUUUGGGUUGUGUCUUAACUAUUUAUCAUGUCUGUAUAUAUUUGUGGGUGAAGAUUGUGAGCCUGUGUUGAUUUUUUUUUUUUUUUUUUUUUUUUAAGCUGGUGGUGUUUCAAAAAUAUGGUUUGGGAAUUCUGCUCUUUUUCGGUUUGUUUUCCUAGUCUUAAAACUGAAAGGAAAAAAACACAAACCAAGAAACCAAACACAAAAACUUGAGUCUGCCAUGACUGGUUUCCCAUUGCACUGAAUAUUCUGCUUUGUCUUUCAUGGUUUAGUCUGCAGUUUGGUUUGGGUUUUCUCUGCUUCAGCGAUUUGAGAUGAUUUUUUUUUUUAAAAAAAAAAAGCUCCAGAUUGAAAGAAGAAAAAGGAAAAAAAAAAACAAAACCCUGUCAAAAGCUUCUACUGUUAGUGCUGUGAUUUGCAAGGAAUUGCUUGGCCGAAGUCUUUUUUGUGGGCAUGGCAGCACAUCCAUGGUGCUUCUGUGUGAUAGUUAUGGGGUGGGAACAAGAUCUUUUCUAGUGAGGUUUUAUCGUUGUUACCAGAUGGUUGCACAUUUUUGACUAUUUUUUUUUUUUUUUUGACUAAAUGGAUUUGCCACAAUGAAAUGUCAUAACAUUUAUGACAUGAUAUUAAAAAGUGUAUUGUAAAGCCAAGUUCUAGAUGGAUUUUUAAAAAGAAAUCUUGAUUAUAAACCCAGUCUAAAGGGAGCUGUGUCCAGUGUUGUAAAAACAACAUGAUGUAACCCAUAUUUAUAUUUUUAUAAAAUACCUAUUGAGACUGUGAAUCUCCUGUGUGAAAUACUGGGUGAGUUGUUGAAGAAAAGUAUUGUUCCUUUCCAGCCUCCUGGAGCUUUAGACAUGCUGAGAUUUUUUUUGGGAAACUGUACGCUGGGGAAGGGGGUUUGCUCUGAAAUUGUGAGUUGAUGUAUUUUUACAUCCCUUUGUAUUUUACUGAAAAGCUGCUGCCCUUCCUAGUCCCUAGAGUUUCAAUUUUCUAUGCAACCCCCACGCCCCCCCCGACUCUCUUGAUCCUGAGAAGUAAAAGGGAUGCAGAUUGAUUCAAAUUGAAAUGAGGGUUCCCCCCCACCCCCCUUGUUGGCUCAUCGUGCUGCUGACCCCAACGCCAAAACGGGGAGUACAAGAAAUAAAUAAAAGAGGCAGGUGGGGGAGGCUCAUUCGUGCAUGACUGGUUGCCUUCCAGCAGUCAUCUUUAUUAUUAUUUUUGUAAGAAGAAUAUAUUGAUAAUGUCAGUGAAAUAAGCAGACAUUGAAGCUGAUGCACAGAUUGCUCCAGAAAGGAGUUUUUCUGUAGAUUUUUCUUUAGAUGCGAAUACCUUUUUUAAUUAUGUUAAUUAAUGUUAAGAAUUUUUAGGCUUAUAUUGAAGCUGUAUGUGGGUCACUAUAUGAUCAUUUCUAACUGGAUAAAGUCUGUACAGUACAGCAUAUUCCUGAGUGUAUGAUAUAGACAUGUAGCCCCAGAGUGUGAAAUUUAUAAAUAAAUUUUUCAUUGAUCUUUUUAUAAAAAAAAAAAA